AAAGGUUAAAUCCCUAUGUUUUUAUCUAGGGUUAAAAUUAUGUAAGUAGAUGGUAAACUAAAUGGUAAAUACAUACCCAUUGUAAUGAAAUGGUUCAAAGAACGUUAGUAAAUGUAAUGAACAGUGAAUCAAUUUAAUAAAUGCCCUGAUUUGUUAGUGGUAAUUAUGUUGGUGAGGCAAAAAUUAAUUAUGUAAAUGUUAUACAGUUGUAUUUUUUAUUGUUAAGUUUAAAACUACCAAUUCGAAGGACAUAAGAACGUUGUUAUAAUUACCACGUGAUUUAUAAAAUUCUUCAAACUGGAGCGCCUACCUGAGUAUCUCCGUGACACUGUGGAUUGGUUUAUGGGAAAGGCCAGACGAAAAGAUAAAGAAGGCGGUGAAUCUGGUACGUCCUCGGACUCAAAGCUAUAUUUGGAAGCUGCAGUUCUCGAGAGAAAGCUUCCGGAAUUGGACUUGAAACUUCUAGUGGAAUUACCUGCAGGUUUAGAUUAUAACGAAUGGCUAGCUUCGCAUACGAUGGCUCUUUUUGAUCAUGUUAAUUUAGUCUAUGGUACUAUUAGUGAAUUUUGUACAGUAACGGGCUGCCCUGAUAUGACCGGACCAGGUCAAAGGGUUUACUUAUGGUUUGAUGAGAAAGGGAAGAAGACAAGAGUUGCAGCUCCCCAGUAUAUUGAUUAUGUGAUGACAUUUACACAGAAAACUGUUAGUGAUGAAACCAUUUUUCCUACAAAAUAUGCUAACGAAUUUCCUUCGUCGUUUGAGUCGAUAGUGAGAAAAAUUAUACGCUUACUGUUUCACGUAAUAGCGCACUUAUAUGCUGCACAUUUUAAGGAAGUGUGGUUAUUGGGUUUGCAUGCACAUUUAAAUCUCACUUUUACGCAUCUAACUGCUCUCCAUAAUCGCUUCUCUCUAAUAGAGUCUAAAGAAACCGAAGUAUUACGUGAUCUAGAGAUUGCUUUGCAUUUGUGCGAGGAUAUGUAUCACGAGUCUGGAACAUACACUAGCGGUAUUGAUCCCGAAGGAAGAGAAGCGGAAACAAAAUCUAAUAAUGGUGACACUGUGGGUGGUGAAAUAAAAACAUAGCUUAUGGAAGAAGUCAGACUUAAUUUGUUAAAACUUGUUUACUUAGCAAGCAUGUGAUCCUAGGGGGUUAAAUUACCCAUUUUAGUGCUAAAUAUAUUUUAUUUAUUAUUGUAUCCCACUACGCAAAUAGAUAGCUUAUAACAUAAGUAUUUUAUAAUUAAAUUUUAUUUUAGAAAGUUUCGUUUGUACUUAGUAUUUUUGCAUUGUACAUAUUAAAUUUGUGUAGUUGACCAA